GCCGCGGCUCUCGCCAUGGCGCGGCGCUCGCUCCUCGUCCUGCCGCUGAUCCUGCUCCUCCCGCCGGGCUGCGGCUCCGACUCCUCCCCCAGCAUCUUUCGCACAGUCUACACGGCUGUGUCUGAGCCUGGCCCAGGGCUGCCCCAGUUCACGGCUGCGGCGUAUGUGGACGACCUGCCCAUUGCUCACUACGACAGCGACACGGGGAAGGUCUGGAAUCGGGCCAAGUGGAUGGAGAAGUUGCUGGAAGUGCAUCCUGAGUACCAGGCCAAGUAUGAGAAGAUGCUGCAGCGGGAUAAGGCCGACUUCACAGCUGGGCUGGGGGCUGUGCAGGCAACCCACAACCAGAGCGCAGGAUUCCACACCUGGCAGAUGAUGGCCGGCUGUGAGGAGAACAAUGGCAAGCCAAGAGGGCGGUAUUUGCGGUUCGGCUACGAUGGGAGGGAUUUCCUCAGCCUGGAUGUGGAGACCUUCAACUGGACAGCAGCAGAUGCCAUGGCCCAAAUAACGAAGAGGAACUGGGAGGCAAACCCCAGCGUCACCCAGCGCUUCAGGGACUACGUGGAGGAGACCUGCGCAGAGUGGAUCCAGGCCGAGCUGGUUCAUGGCAAGGAAAGGCUGCAAAGGAGGAAUCCUCCAGAGAUUAAGGUGACUCAGAAGGAAGUUCAUGGAGGCUUGGAAACUCUCAUCUGCGUGGCCCGCGGCUUCUAUCCCAAAGAGAUUGACAUGGCGUGGACCAGAGACGGGAAGGUCUGGGUGCAGAACACGUCCCAUGGGUUUCUGACCCCAUUCACGGAGAGUACUUACUACUACUGGCUGGGCAUUAAGAUUAGCUCAAAGGACAGGAUGCACUACCAGUGCCGUGUUAAACACGAUGGCUUGCAAAACACUCUGGACAAAGCCUGGAACGAGUUUGAAGACUCCUCCCCCAGCGUCUUUCACACCAUCUACACGGCUGUGUCUGAGCCUGGCCCGGUGCUGCCCCAGUUCAUGGCUGUGGUGUUCGUGGGUGACCUGCCCAUCGCUCGCUACGACAGCAACUCGAGGAAGGUCUGGUAUGAGGCCAAGUGGAUGGAGAAGUUGCUGGAGGUGCAUCAUGAGUACCAGCGCAAGUAUGAGGAGAUGCUGCAGCGGGAUGGGGCCGACUUCACAGCUGGGCUGAGGGCUGUGCAGGCAACCCACAACCAGAGCGCAGACACUUAUACACUAGCUGGGCUCCGCUGCGAACUGGGGGAAGACGGGACGGAGCACGGCCAUCCCAGUGCUGCCACCGACUCGUGGGGGUCUCUUUCAGGGUCCCACACCUGGCAGAUGCGGGCCGGCUGCGAGGUGGGCCCAGACAGGCGGAAGGGGCAGUACCUGCAGUUCGGCUACGACGGGAGGGACUUCCUCAGCCUGGAGGUGGAGACCUCCCACUGGAUGGCCGCCGACGCCACGGCCCAAGUAAUCCAGAGGAGCUGGGAGGAAAGCCAGUACAUCACCACCCGCUUCAAGUCCUACGUGGGGGAGACCUGCUCCCAGUGGCUUCGGGCCGAGCGAGACCAGGUCAGGGAAGGAUCCCAAAGGAGAGCACCUCCGCUGAUGAAGGUGACGCGCCGCGCGGCCUACGAGAACCUGGAAAUCUUCGUCUGCCGUGCCUACGGCUUCUACCCCAGAGAGAUCUACAUGAGGUGGACGAUCGAUGGGGAGGCCUGGGAAGAGGACAGCUUCCGCUGGGUUCUGGGCCCGAACUCUGACGGGACCUACUAUGCCAGGCUGGACAUCAGGGUCGACACCUGGAACAGGCAGCACGUCCGGUGCCAUGUGCAGCACAGCCUCUUGCAAGGCCCUCAGGACUUAGUGCUGGAGGAGCCUGGAGGCCUUGGAUCCCCCUUAUCGGCUCCGCUCUCUCCCCUCACAGGCUCCCCCCGCAGCGUCUUCCGCACAACCUACACGGCUGUGUCUGAGCCUGGCCCAGGGCUGCCCCAGUUCACGGCUGCGGCGUAUGUGGACGACCUGCCCAUCGCUCGCUACGACAGCAACACGAGGGCGCUCCAGAGUCAGACCUCCUGGGUGAAGAAGAUGCUGGAGCUGCAUCCUGAGUACCAGGUCAACUACACCCAGCAGCUGCAGCAGGAUGAGGCCGACUUCAUAGCUGGGCUGAGGGCUGUUCAGGCAACCCACAACCAGAGCGCAGGGUGGCACACCUGGCAGAUGAUGGCCGGCUGCGAGG